CAGUUAACAGUGCUCCUUUCUUUACGUGCAAGCAAGGAACAAAAUCAUCAUCAACCAUGAGCGAAAGCUAUGGAACAGAAGUAACAAACACCGUCGGGAGCGUGACAGCCUCUGGCUACGCCCGAGUUCACGUGGGCAACUAUACCGGCGACACCGUUAUCCACAACUACAACGAACCUCAGCGCAACCGAUGCCUCGCCGAUCUGCGAUUGACCGACCCUCGCGAUGAAAAAACACGAAUCGAAGAUACUAAAGGCGGCCUCCUCAAGGGAGCAUACCAAUGGAUCCUGGACCACGAGGACUUCCGACGAUGGCGAGAUGACAAGCAAAGCCGGCUGCUCUGGAUCAAGGGGGAUGCCGGCAAGGGCAAGACGAUGCUGCUAUGUGGCAUUAUCGAUGACCUAUCCAAGUCGCAGGGGCAGUCGAAGCCAAAGUUCAAGAACCUCUGGCGCCCUAUCCGUCCACAACUACUGUCCUUUUUUUUCUGCCAAGAGACCAGUUUGAAUCUCAAUAACGCUACAGCUGUCCUACGAGGGCUGAUGUACCGUUUGAUUGACCAGCAGCCUCCCCUAAUCCAGCACAUUGAGAAAGCGUACGAACAUAUAGGAAAACAGCUUUUCGAGGGCGACGAUGCAUUUUACAAACUCUCGAGGAUCCUUGCCAGCAUGCUCUGCGACCCGUUGGCAAAGAGAUGCUACCUGGUGGUCGAUGCUUUGGACGAGUGUAGGCGAGAUCAGCAACAACUCCUCGACUUCAUCAUGAAGAGUGUGUCUCAUUACCCUGCGAAAUGGAUUGUGUCGAGCCGAAACCGACUAGACAUUGAACCGGCCAUGUGGCUUGACGACUCCCGGACACGAGUUAGCCUUGAGUUGAACGAGAAACAUGUCACUCAAGCACUCAACACAUUUAUCAACCACAGAAUCUCAAAGCUCCCAUUAUUAAGAAGCGAUACGUCAACACAUAAAGAUGUCCGCCGCGAAAUUCUAUCCAGAGCCGAGGGAAACUUCCUCUGGGUCGAUAUGGUUACUCGAGAACUCCAAGCAGUUGAGCCAUCAAGGAUGCUAGGCAUCCUGAAGGAAAUACCGUCGGGUUUGAUGCCUUUUUACGACACGAUGAUGGCAAAGGUUCGCAAUCAAUCACGGGAGCACAUUCAGCGUUGUAUCCAGUUACUCUCGAUGGCAACCGUUGCUUACCGACCACUUACCUUGCAAGAGCUCAGAGUUCUAUCAAAAGCACAUCAAAACGCAUCUCGCGAAGGUGAUGUUAGGUGGCUAGUUGACAGGUGCGCCGCUUUUCUCACAAUUGACCAACAUGGAUGCGUAUAUCUUCUCCAUCAGUCGGUCAAAGACUACUUUACAUCCUCGCCUAAUUCGAUUCUGGAAGCCUCUCUCGCUGCCAUUCAUCACAAGAUGGCGUUGCAGUCAAUAGAGGAGAUGCAAUGUACCUUACGACGGAACGUCUACAACUUGGAUUAUCCCGGGUCACAACCCCCAUUAGGUGGCCCAAACCCAGAUCCCCUCGCAUCAAUUCGGUACUCCUGCCUCAAUUGGGUCAACCACCUUGUCGACGGGACUAAGAACCCUCAGGACUUCACUGACGGUGGGGUUGUUGAUCGAUUCCUGAGAAGCCAUUUGCUUCACUGGCUAGAGGCUUUGAGUCUAUUGAGAAGCCUGCCAAACGGGAUCCUUAUCUUAUCAAAGCUUUCGGCUCUACUUCAAUUUAAUCAAGAGUUCUUUCAACUAAUGAAAGUUACCCGGGAUGCAUUACGCUUCCUAAGAUCCCACAUCGUCGGUAUUCAAGACAGUCCCCUUCAAGUCUACAGCUCAGCCCUUGUAUUCAGCCCAAGAAAGAGUGUAGUCAGAGAACUCUUCUACGAAGAGGAACCAAGGUGGCUAUCCAUGAAGCCAGCAGUGGAAGAUGAAUGGAAUGCAUGUGAGCAGACGCUGGAGGGCCACGGCAGCUGGGUCAGCUCGGUGGCCUUUUCGCCGGAUGGGCGCCAGCUGGCCUCGGCCUCUUGGGACAAAACCGUCAAGCUCUGGGACGCGGCCACGGGCCAGUGCCAGCAGACGCUGGAGGGCCACGGCAGCUCGGUCAGCUCGGUGGCCUUUUCGCCGGAUGGGCGCCAGCUGGCCUCGGCCUCCGGCGACAAGACCGUCAAGCUCUGGGACGCGGCCACGGGCCAGUGCCAGCGGACGCUGGAGGGCCACAGCAGCUGGGUCGAGUCGGUGGUCUUCUCGCCGGAUGGGCGCCAGCUGGCCUCGGCCUCCGUCGACAAGACCGUCAAGCUCUGGGACGCGGCCACGGGCCAGUGCCAGCGGACGCUGGAGGGCUACCGCAGCUCGGUCAGCUCGGUGGCCUUUUCGCCGGAUGGGCGCCAGCUGGCCUCGGCCUCCGGCGACGACACCGUCAAGCUCUGGGACGCGGCCACGGGCCAGUGCCAGCGGACGCUGGAGGGCCACGGCAGCUCGGUCAGCUCGGUGGCCUUUUCGCCGGAUGGGCGCCAGCUGGCCUCGGCCUCCGGCGACGACACCGUCAAGCUCUGGGACGCGGCCACGGGCCAGUGCCAGCGGACGCUGGAGGGCCACAGCAGCUGGGUCGAGUCGGUGGUCUUCUCGCCGGAUGGGCGCCAGCUGGCCUCGGCCUCCGUCGACAAGACCGUCAAGCUCUGGGACGCGGCCACGGGCCAGUGCCAGCGGACGCUGGAGGGCCACGGCAGCUCGGUCAGCUCGGUGGCCUUUUCGCCGGAUGGGCGCCAGCUGGCCUCGGCCUCCGGCGACGACACCGUCAAGCUCUGGGACGCGGCCACGGGCCAGUGCCAGCGGACGCGGGAGGGCUACGGCAGCUCGGUCAGCUCGGUGGCCUUUUCGCCGGAUGGGCGCCAGCUAGCCUCGGCCUCCGGCGACGACACCGUCAAGCUCUGGGACGCGGCCACGGGCCAGUGCCAGCGGACGCUGGAGGGCCACAGCAGCUGGGUCGAGUCGGUGGUCUUCUCGCCGGAUGGGCGCCAGCUGGCCUCGGCCUCCGUCGACAAGACCGUCAAGCUCUGGGACGCGGCCACGGGCCAGUGCCAGCAGACGCUGGAGGGCCAUAGCAGCUUGAGAAACGUGUUCGAGGCAAGAAUCCGGCAACCAAGUCAAGGGCCUUAUGAUCGGCAUCAUGUGCUCUCACAGCACGGCGCGUGGAUUAAAAAUCGCUCUCACAACAUACUUUGGUUACCUCCAGAAUACCGAGCGGCUUGUCACGCGGUAGAAGGAUCCAGAAUAGCUAUUGGAUGUCAGUCGGGCCGUGUGUUGCUUUUGAACUUUGCGUUAGAGAGUUAUUAACUGUAAUCACACGGCUGUCUGUCCUUCCAGUAACUACUAAGUCAUUAAUGCUACUCUUAGUGUUAUCUGUAUAUCUAAUUCCUAACGCGUGACACAGGAAGGGUAGGGGAGAGAGUUGUUUCUUAUAAUGAGCUAGCACAGUUACAGCAUGUUCUAGAAUCUUCCAACUUGUCCUUUUGCUCUUAGUCAAA